UAUGGCCGAAACGUUGUCGUUACAACUCCAUCCUCUCCUUCCCAAGCUUCUUCAUAUAAAUACGAAACUCAGUCCCAAACCGUAAAACCCUAAUACUUGCUUGCUGUCGACAGACCUGAAGUAUUUCGUACCUGUGCCUGAUCUAAAGGCGCAAUGGCACCAAAACAGCCAAAUAGUGGCCUCUUUGUGGGAUUACAAAAAGGCCAUAUAGUAACCAAGAAAGAGCUAGCACCAAAACCCUCCGAUAGGAAAGGGAAAACCAGCAAGAGGGUACAUUUUGUGAGGAACUUGAUCCGUGAAGUUGCUGGAUUUGCACCAUAUGAGAAGAGAAUUACUGAGCUUCUUAAAGUCGGUAAGGAUAAGCGUGCAUUGAAAGUUGCUAAAAGGAAAUUAGGAACCCAUAAGAGGGCAAAGAAGAAGCGUGAGGAGAUGUCUAAUGUUCUCCGCAAGAUGAGAGCUGGUGGAGCUGGUGAGAAAAAGAAAUGAGUACUGCCUGCUUAUUGCUGAGUGUUAUAUGUAACCACUUAGAAAUCGAGUUGUUAAGAGGAUUUGUUCAGUUUUUAAAUUUUGAGACUUGGAAAAAUUUUAUAUCUAAUGUUCAUUUUGUUUUGAGAGUUGAUAUUUGAGAAAUGGUUAGGCACCAAAUGCCCCCCGUUAUUUUUA